AGAAUGGUGAUCCUAGAUAUUACAAUAGCUAAUGUACGAUUAAUCCAAUUUUUUGUUGCCAAUUUGAAAUGCUAUUGAUGAAGCCAAAACCAGUAUCUGAAUUUAUUUGUCCUCUAAUUCGAGCUAAUAUGCUCAAACUUAGUCAAGGAUAUUAGAAAACCAACAUCGCUCAUGAUGUCCAUCCAAUAUUUGGAUUAAAAAAAGCUCGAACAUCUUUCGAUCAUAUGAUGAUGAUCAGCAUUGUUGCUAGUUUUCUUUUCCUUUCUUUGUCAGUGAUCCUUGUUAGGAUCUUUAAGAAGCUAUGGUGGACUCCAUUUCAUGUACAAUUUCUGAUGAAAUCUCAAGGUAUACAAGGUCCUCCUUACAAGUUCCUACAUGGAAACACUAUAGAUAUUGUGGAAAUGAGAAAGGCCUCCAUAAGCAAAGCCAUGGAUCACUUGUCACAUGACAUAGUUCCAAGAAUUCUACCUCAUAUAUUUUCUUGGACGAAGUUAUACGGGGCAAAUUUUCUCUACUGGUAUGGAGUGCAACCUGAACUAGUAGUGACUGAACCAGAACUUCUCAAAGAAAUACUGAGCAAUAGAAACAACAAUUUUCCCAAAAUAGAUCUUGAAGGCUUUUCCAAGAAGCUUUUAGGAGACGGCGUUUCGUCAUCUAAAGGCGAAAAAUGGGCAAAAAUGCGAAAACUAGCCAACCAUGUUUUUCAUGGAGAAAGCCUAAAAAAUAUGAUUCCAGUGAUGAUUAUGAGUUGUGAGAAAAUGCUGGAAAGGUGGAACAUUUAUGAAAAUAAAGAAAUUGAAGUGUUUGAAGAGUUUAGGCUGUUAACAUCAGAGAUCAUUUCAAGGACAGCAUUUGGAAGUAGUUACUUAGAAGGAAAAAAUAUAUUUCAGAUGCUGAUGAAGUUAGCUUUGCUAGUUUCAAGAAAUGCUCACAAAAUCAGAUUGCCUGGUAUCAGUCAAAUAUGGAAAAGCUGUGAUGAAAUAGAGUCAGAGAAACUCGAGCAGGGCAUACGUGACAGCAUUACUCAAAUAAUAAAGAAAAGAAAACAGGAAAAGAUCGGGGAGGCUAUCUUUGGAAGUGAUUUCCUUGGGAAACUCUUAGAGGCUUAUCAAGAUUAUAGAAUAUCAGUAGAAGAUAUAGUCGAUGAGUGCAAGACAUUUUAUUUUGCUGGUCACGAGACAACAACUUCUUUACUUGGAUGGACAAUCUUCUUGCUAGCUACAAACAAGAACUGGCAAGAAAAAGCAAGAAAAGAAGUUCUUGAAUCAUAUGACCGGAAAGUUCCUACUGCAGAUGGCCUAUCAAAACUGAAAAUCAUGAACAUGAUUCUAGAAGAAUCUCUAAGAUUGUACCCUCCAGUGCCAUUCAUCAAAAGGAAAGUUGUUGAGAAAGUUCAGCUAGGGAAGCUAACUUUACCACCUCAAAUGCAACUUUAUAUAUCACCACUAGCCGUUCAACAUGAUCCUAAAAUAUGGGGAGAAGAUGUACAUGUUUUCAAACCAGAAAGAUUUACAGAAGGGGUUGUCAAAGCUACAAACAAUAAUCCAGUAGCAUUCUUGCCAUUUGGCUAUGGACCUCGAACUUGUUUAGGCUUGAACUUUGCCAUGAUUGAAGCAAAAGUUACGCUUUCAAUGGUUCUACAACGUUACAUGUUCACUAUUUCACCAACUUACGUUCACUCUCCUGUUCAGCUUUUUAUGCUUCGUCCACAGCAUGGAGUUAAAGUCAUUCUCCACAAGAUUUAGGGGUCUCUUGAUGUAUAUAAAGAUGAACGGGGACUUCAUUAUUGGUUUAGUCUGAAGCAUAUAUUAUUAUAUUUAUAAUUGUCCAAGCAAAUAAACACGUGUAUUGUUUUGACGUGUCUUUUGAGUUAAUUUCCUUUACUGCUCCCUUUGUAUAGUUGCAUACAAAUUAUUCUGCUAAGGUUUAAACAUAGUAACUUGAUUGUGUAACGACUUAUGCUUAUGUAAUAGUCUCAAUUCCGAACUAAUUAGUGCAGCUAUAUGAAUAUAUGUAUCCAUUUCAAUCCUUCUUUGUCUUUUUUGUGAUUGGUGCAUGGUUCGCAUGUUUUUCUUCUCUCUUUUUAUUUUUUUAUUUUUUUAUAAUUGGCUGAAAGUUCUUAUAGUGAAGAUUUAGCAGAAACGGUCUUCCAAAUUGAAGGACAUUAAUAUUUCAGACCUUUUUGACGCUAUAACCAGUGGCAGAGCCAGGAUUUUCACUAAAAGGGUUCAAAAUAUGAAAAAGUAAAUACACGGAGAAAUCAAAGAGGGUUCAACGUCUACUAUAUAUACAUAAGAAAUAAUUUAAACCAUGUAUAAACAGGAUAAUUUUCCGCCGAAGGGGUUCCCUUGGCCCU